AUGAUAGAAAGUCAACUUGUGCAAAUAGCUGCUGUUGUCCCAUUUUUAGAAAAGAUAAAUGCGGUGACCACGAGGGGUGGUAAGUCCACUCGUUAUCCACCGCAUCCUAACCAUGCAGAGAAAGUAGCAAGGCCACAAGUAGAGGAGGGAGCCAUAGAACAAGAUGACCCUGAAGAACCCAAGGAAGAAAAUCCACGGAAAACUUUCGACACAAGCUUUCUCCCGUUUGCUUCCCGGAAACAAAAGAUCACCGUGGAUGAGCAGUUUGCUCGUUUUGUUGAGAUGAUCCAGAAGAUACAUGUCAACGUCCCAUUGUUGGACGUGAUGCAUGUACCAACUUACGCCUGCUACAUCAAGGACAUCAUCAACAACAAGCGACCGCUGCCCGCAGUGGAGGUUGUUAAACUCACGGAGGAAUGUAGCGCUGCUAUACUCAACCAACCUCCAAAGAGGAAAGAAGACCCGGGAUGCCCAACAAUCAAUUGCUCGAUUGGCACUCAACACUUCGGCAAUGCCUUGUGUGACCUUGGGGCUAGCGUCAGCAUAAUGCCCAAGGUCGUCUUCGACAAACUCAACUUCACGCAUCUGACGCCGACACCGAUGCACCUCCAGCUAGCAGACUCUUCAGUCCGCUAUCCAGAGGGAAUCGCUGAAGACGUUCCAGUCAGAGUUCGAGACUACUUCAUCCAAGUUGACUUCGUAGUGCUCGACAUGGAAAUAUCAAAAGAGACGCCCCUCAUCCUUGGGCGGCCAUUCCAGAGCACUGCCGGAGCAUACAUCGAUGUGGGAGUUGGAGAAAUCCGCUUCAACAUCAAUGGGAAAGAAGAAAAAUUCCAGUUACGGCCCAAGAAGGAACAAUGCUCAAUGGUCAACAUCAAAUCCGGGCCAAGCACACAAGAAAAAGCCGAAGUAACAUCUCCCAAUCAAGAUCCUACGACCACACAAUUAAAAAGAAGAUGUGCAAAGAAGGUGUGGCGUAAGAUCACAAGCUCAUCCUUGUCCAAUUCUCCAGGACGAGCCAAGCAGUGGUAA